AUGGCUUCAUCGCCCAAACAUGACAACGAACAAGCGAUGUACAAAGUACAGAACUGGCUCCAUGAAUUAGAUGACGAUGCAUCAUCGUCCUCCAGCUUGAGCUUCUCAGCUACGUCAGCAAGUAAUCCGCCUACGCCGCCCUCAGAUUUGGACACGGACGACUCGGAAUCAAGCGAAUAUGCGAACGUUCCAGCAGUGCCGGAGAAUGUUGAGGGUGCAUGGGAGCCUGUCGAUGCCACGGCCCACAAAUCUUCGCUACUGUUUGCUGACCCGUCUAGUCACCUGCUUUGGUGCACGAUAAACGAUGGAAAGUUUUACAGGAGCCCUACCAGUCAUCCUCGGCGGGUGAUGGAUAUCGGAUCUGGCACUUGCACUUGGUCGAUGUAUUUCGCGAUGCAAAACCAGGGCUCACAUGUCGUCGCCAAAAUCCGAGAAGACCUGAAUCUGGCUCUCCCUUCUGAGGAGAGCAUGGCGGAUCUAAUUUUUUUUCGGCAGCUUUGCGGGCUUACCACGGCGGACCUGUAUGACUUUGACAUUCGGGACCAGAUCAUGCUUCCGCUCUAUGAGGGAUUGGGCUUCACUUUGCCUGAGAUUGAGCUCUUAGCCAUCGGCAUGAGAGAGGAACUAGCGGAGGACAUGGAGUUUGAAAGCUUUAGUGUCUAUGCCCAGAAGCCACCUCAGAUGACUGUGGUGGUGACGUUUUAAACAGGGUCAUCAAGGAAGUCGUGGGAUUCAUAUUGUAUUCAAUUUGUGUAUUGAUAUAUCCUUAGUCGAUG